GAGUGGGAGCUGCAGGCUGAUAGAUAGGGAGAGACCAGCAGCACAAGGCAGCAGCACGUCUGCCUCUAUCUGUCGCCUCUUGGAUCUCCCCAAACACAGCUGUCCUGGUGUGUGUGUGUGAGGGAACGCUUAUACAGCGCGCACCAGAGUUUUCCCGGUUGCUGCGCACACAAAGCCCGUUGUCCGACCGCUCUGGUUGUGGUGUGGCCACGCGUGGGGUUGAAGGUUUGACCACUUUUGCUCUGGACUUUGCUCGACACCCAUGAUCCCCAGCCGUCUCUGGCAUACCCUCUCAUUAAGAUGGGAAAUGCCUCUGAAACAUUUCUGCUCGAGUCCAGAAUAUCGAAAGAGAAUGACUUCCUCAUGGGAGCUAUCUACACCAUCUUUGGUGUGCUGUCGGUUGUGGGAAACGGGAUCCUGCUGUUCGUGGCCUAUAGAAAGAAGUCCUCCCUGAAGCCGGCAGAGUUCUUCGUGGUCAACCUGGCCAUCAGCGAUCUGGGCAUGACCCUCAGCCUGUUCCCACUGGCCAUCCCCUCGGCCUUCACUCACAUGUGGCUGUUCACGAGGACGGCCUGUAUGGGCUACGCCUUCUGUGGCGUUUUGUUCGGCCUGUGCAGUCUGACCAACCUCACCAUGCUCUCCAGCGUCUGCUGGCUCAAGGUCUGCUGCCCGCACUACGGUAACAAGUUCUCCUUCUGCCACGCCUGCCUGCUGGUGGCCGGGGUCUGGUGCUACGCUGGAGUUUUUGCAGUGGGUCCCCUGUCGGGCUGGGGGGAGUACGGCGCCGAGCCGUACGGCACGGCGUGCUGCAUCAACUGGGAAGCCCCGAGCCGGGACUCUGCAGCCAUGAGCUACAUCGUCUGCCUCUUCUUCUUCUGCUACAUCAUGCCCUGCACCGUCAUCUUCUUGUCCUACACCUUCAUCCUGCUGACCGUCCGGGGCUCCCAACAGAAUGUGCAGCAGCACAUGUCCCCGCAGAACAAGACCACCAACGCACACACGCUCAUCAUUAAGCUCUCCGUGGCAGUCUGCAUCGGUUUCCUGACAGCAUGGAGUCCGUACGCGGUUGUGUCCAUGUGGGCGGCGUUUGGUAACCCAACAGAAGUACCACCCAUGGCUUUUGCUCUGGCAGCUAUCUUUGCCAAGUCCUCCACCCUUUAUAACCCAAUUGUCUAUCUGGUCUUCAAGCCCAACUUCCGCAAGUCCCUGUGUCGGGAUGUGGUCCUGUGCAGGACGACAUUCGUUGGAUGUCUGUGUUCGCACGGCUCAGCACAGAAGGGAACUUGCAGGCAUUCCGAUCACAAAGAAGAGUGCAACUCCACCAGGUUGUCAAACGGGCUACCGGAGAACCACAGGGCCUGCAGACACUGUCCCUGCCCUGAAAGAGCCACCGGUGUCAGAGAGAACUUCACAGAAUACAGCCCCCGGCAGACUGCCAGGAUACUUAAAGAAUCAAUGAAUAGUGAGGUCGCUGUCAGUCAGCUCUCCAAUGAGCAGAGUGACUUCUUGUAGAGACAGACAGUGAGAGGGUGAAAGAAAAAGACAAGUGAUGGAGAAAAAGAUGGCAAAAGUGAAGGUUGAAAGACGAUAAUUGCAAAAACGUAAUGAAAAACAAAAAGAUAAAGAUUGAUUAACCCUCUGAAUCCCGUGCAGUUUUCAGUCAUGCACCUCUAUGGAAACAGCACAAUCAUGGCCAGAAGAAAAAGCUAUAUAUACAUGCAUUUCUCCAAGUGUCCACAAGUGUUACCGAUGUUGAAAAAAAUAAUGGAGGCUCUACGUGAUAUAUUCAUUGAGCUAUUUACAUUUUUACAGCCUGUCCUCUCUGCUCUGUGUUCAGCAGCCUGCAGUUCAGACGACGUUUCACAGAAUUCUUGUCACGUGACUGUAUCGCUCAGCCAAAUCAGUCAUGACUUCCGAGUUGCGUUGAUGAACUCAGAAUUUAAUGUUUUUUACAGGAUCUGGUGAAAGCAAAAGGUUUAUUCAGGGCAAGAUUUUAAAUGAGACGUGUAGAGUAGAAUGUUUUUGAUGAAAUAUCACCAUUUCAAUCACAGUUUUGAUCAUAGUUUUGGCUACUUUUUUUGACGGAAGCGUUCCUUUCACAUGAUAUGUUCAAGGACCGUCGGAAAGAGGAAAACCUGACAAUAAUGACGUUUUUACAGCUUCUGGAUCUGAUAAUCGGUGUAGUUUUGUCGAUUGUUUAAGUAUUAAACAUGCUUCUUAAUCCCGCCGGCAGGUUUUGGGGUUCAGAGGGUUAAAGGAAAAUAAAUAUGUUAUAACUUUUAAGGUCAAAGUUCUUUCAUGCCUCAAAUACGCGAUACUGCCAAAAAAAUGAAAAAGACCGCAAAGUGGUUUAAACUUUCUACUCUCUAAAUCAUCCUUUAUGUAUUUAUUACACGUACUGUAUUUGAUGAUGUGGUUAAGUAUUCAUCAAUGCAUGCAUGAAAUUGAAGGAGCACAGGGUUGCUGGUGCCAUUGAAUUGGAUAACUGUCUCCUUGUUGAGGCCCAUGCUUUAUGCUUUACAUAAAAUGUACAACCAGGGUGUUGUGUUGAAUCCGCUGCAAAGAGCUGUCGUCAAUGUCAAUUAUGUCUAAUGGGGCGUGUUAAGUGCAUGACUAGUUGGAGGCUGUAACACUCAAUGGGCUCUAUUCUCCCUCAGCGUGCUCUAUGUGGAGACCUCUGAACAACAAUAUUCACGAUACCCUGUUUGAAGAUUCAUCAAAAAAUGUUCCGAAAUGUAGAGUUUCUGAGGGUCUUCAGCUGAAAUGAGCCACACAUUUUAAAACUGUGCAAAACGACAUCGAUAUUUAUACGUCAGCGUUUUGUACGAAUGACGCGUGUUGCUUUUCUGAUGUGAAAUCCAGACAGAAACACACGAGUACACUGAUCAGGUUAAACGUCAAUGAAAGGUCAUGUUUCUUUUUGUCGAACAGUAAUAUUAUAUUUAUGUAGAACAGGGUUGUAGUUAUGUGGCUGACUUUGCUUUAAAAUGUGUCCUGUUGUCUUAUACUCUAGACAAGAAGAGAAAAGGUGUGUCCAUGUGGAAGAUCAGCUGCAAUCAAGUUAAAAAUGAGCAGCAGAAAGCUAAAAAUAAUACUAUUACUCACAAUUUGGCACUUAUUUUCAUAGUUUUGGUUGCGAUUUAUAUAUUUAUAUAUAUAAGUUAUGAUAACAAUUUGAUCACCAAAGUAAUUCCUGCGAUCUGGAAACAUUGUGGCGAUCUACUUCAACAAAGUGUGACAGGAAUUUAUUCUUUUUAACCUUUUUUAUAACCAGGCGAGUCAUUCAGAUAUUGUGUGGAGAUUUAAUUUUCCAUUUAUUUUCUCUUUUAAAUAAGUUUAUCUUUCUUUAAAACUGUUAUAAGGCGACACUUGCAUCCUUUAUCAAACUACUCUUCAGCAAUGUUGUCGUGUUCACAGAUUUUUUUAUCAAUUUACGUAGGUUCAUUAUAUGUUGUCAGCAUCAACAGUAAUGAUGUCCAAAACUAUGGAAAUAUGACUCAAAACUGGACUAAUGAGAUGCUCCUUUGUGGGCUGUUUCCUUCUGUGUGUGCGCGUGCGUGUGCGUGCGCGUGCGCGUGCGCGUGUGUGUGUGUGUGUGUGUGUGUGUGUGUGUGUGUGUGUAAUGUGCCUCUGUGAGUGUCUUUAAUGGGCAGGACUACGAGUGUGCAGCUCCUGAGUUCUUUCAGUUGUGUGACACACAAACGGCAACAAAAAGAGGACCGAAAUGGGCAAAUUGAAAGUUUUCCAUAAGCCGUUAAAACAGAAAUAGGAAGAUUUAACAUUAUGUCUGUGCAUGGAUACGGGCCACUUGUCUUUGGUGCUCAUCUUGGAAAAGAGAGGGCCUGUUGUUCGGACAUAAGGCUUCACUUCAGCGCCUGCCAACAUUAUUCCAAUAAAGCAAUGCCCAGCGAGCAGAGUUGAGCUUAACCGCAGUGUUUGUCCAACGAGCAGUUUUGUUCCCCCUCCCGGCAGCAUAGGUCACCAUAUGGAAGUACAAGAACACCUGCCAUUGACUAGAUGAAUUAGAUCUGCUAGAGCGCAUGUUGUGGUAGUGUGUUGAGUAGCAUGACAUUCAUGUCAAGUCGUGAUUCAUUUCUUUUCAUUGGCGAGACGGAAGCCGACUAUAAAAGCGGUUCUUUCACUGUCGCUUCGUCGUGAAAUAGUUCGUAGUGUAAAACAACCACGUCAGCACAUGUGAUGUUCUCCGCUGCCGGCUGCACUCCUCAAAUUACUGCUCUGACAUUGCUACACAGCGACUGCUUCUUACAAGAAAUUGAUGCCAAACCGCCAUCGCCACCUGAACUAAUAGACAACUUUGGCUUUUCACACAACAGUUAGGCCUGGGGUAAGACCCUGGUUAGUUCAGCUUGUUACCUGUGGCUUUAGGCUAUGUUCAUAUAUAUCAGCUCUCGCAACAAACAAAACACAGUGCUAUCUGGCAAAUAAGUCGAACCUGGCACAAUUUUUGCAUUAAGCAACGCACUGCAUUGUGAACACAAGUGAACAUUCCUGAUGAGCUGAAUGGGUCACUUCUUCUGUUUGCCUCAUUGCAACAGAGGAUGAAAUGAUUGUAUCCUCUAUCAUGCUUUUAUAAAUUGCUUUUAGUUUUUUAUACCGUAGUGAACAUUCCGUGACAGUUGUUUCACACUAUGAAAAACUUUAACGCAGGCUCACUUCACCACAAUCUGGACCCAAGUUAUUCACGACUAAUCAAACGUUGCAUUUCUCAGAGUUGAUCAAGGUUUUAAGUAGACAGGUGCAGAUAUCCGUCAGGUGUGUCUGCAACGACUACUGCUGUAUUGACUGAAGGAAUACAACCCACAAUUGGCAAUUUCACAUUAUUCCAGCUUAAUGUGCUAAACUGUC